AGACGACCCUUUUUAAUUUCAGUAUAUAUAUAUAUGUAGUGUACGUAAAAAAAAUUGAUCUAUACGAGCUCAGGAGUCUUACAUCAUAGUUGUCUCGUCAUGUUUGCACGAUCUGCUAUUCGUGCGGCCGGAGUGGCUUUGCCUCGUUCUGGUGCAGUGCGACUCGCGGCACACAACGUAGCGCCAGUCUGUCACAUUUUACACAACAAUGUGUCUACCACAGGGCUGCAUAAGCCGGCUCCAUUCCAAAAUCCAUCGCCUGAGGAGGUGUGCCAAAACAUCAUGUCGCAGAUACCGCAAGCCAAACCAAAGGGACCCAAAUCUAAGGAGAAAAGAACCUUCACGGUACUCGUGGACAAUCAGCCGGGAGUUUUGAGUAAGAUCGUUGACACCAUCUCUGCGCGAGGAUUCAACAUUGAUAGUUUGGUAGUCGGCCGGACCAAUCUCAAGGAGAUGUCGAGAAUCACCCUCGUGUUCUACGACACCCAGCACGCGAGCGCUCAGCUCUCGGCACAGCUUGAAGAUUUGGUCCCUGUGUGGGCGGUAUUCGACUACACGGACAUUCGUGUCAUUGAGCGAGAGAUGCUGCUUGUAAAGGUGGAUCUUGAGAAGGAGAAUGCCGACCUGCCUCUUCGCAUGCGACGGGACUUGAAUCGUCGCUCGCUGACCGAGAUGGCCGCUUUGUUCGGUGGUAUCAUUCAAGACGUCAGUCACGAGAAUGUCACCAUCGAACUGUCCACAAAACCUCAGCGUAUCGGAACGUUCAUGAGUCUACUGAAACCUUAUGGGAUCGUCGAGGCAACAAGAUCAGGUGUACUUACAAUGGCGCGAUCUCCAGUUGAGCCCGAUUACAUCCAAGAGGAGGAGGUUGAGGUUGAUCUUGCAUCUUUGCCUCCAAGUUAAGCCGCAUGAUACCUUUGUAAUCAAUGUAAAUACUGGUGAAUAAAUGCAAAAGAGAGUUUUGGACUCUUAUAUCACUUCAUCCAAAUCGAUUAUAUAACCAUUAAAUCCAGGUCUAGGUGUCCAUUUUAGUUGCC